AUGGCAGCCCCGAGCGGAGGCCCGGGAGUCGGCGCCGGGGCCGAGGGUGGCGCGGGGCCCGAGGGCGGCUUCUCGUUCGGCGGGUUCCCCUCGGUGCUGGGCGGCGUGGGCCCCGCCGUCCCGGGCCCGACCCCGGCGCCGCUGCGGCUCCUGCACGAGCUGUGGCAGCGCGACCCCGGUUCGGAUCCCGGAGACGAGUGGAGCGGCAAGCUGCGGCCCUGCCGCCUGCGGCGUGCGGCCCGACCACACCGCCGCCUGGGGCCCACGGGCCGGGAGGUGCACGCGCUGAAAAGACUUCGGGAAUCUGCCAAUGCCAAUGACUUAGAAACAGUGCAGCAGCUGCUGGAAGAUGGGGUGGAUCCGUGUACGGCAGACGACAAAGGCCGCACGGCCCUGCACUUUGCGUCCUGCAAUGGCAAUGACCAAAUCGUGCAGCUGCUCCUGGACCAUGGUGCUGAUCCCAACCAGAGAGACGGGCUGGGGAACACGGCUCUGCAUCUGGCUGCCUGCACCAACCACGUUCCCGUCAUCACCACGCUGCUCCGUGGAGGGGCCCGGGUGGAUGCCCUGGACCGGGCUGGCAGGACCCCCUUGCACCUUGCCAAGUCAAAGCUGAAUAUUCUACAGGAGGGGCACUCCCAGUGCUUGGAAGCCGUCCGGGUGGAGGUGAAACAGAUCAUACAGAUGCUCAGGGAGUACUUGGAGCGGCUGGGGCAGCACGAGCAGCGGGAUCGGCUGGAUGACCUUUGCACCCGCCUGCAGAUGACGAGCACCAAAGAGCAGGUGGACGAGGUGACAGACCUCCUGGCCAGUUUCACGUCGCUCAGCCUGCAGAUGCAGAAGCUGGAGAAGAGGUAGCCCCAGAGAGAGGACCCUCCCGUCCCCUCCAAGACCUUUGCCCAGCUCCCAUCAUCCUCAUCUCAGGAAGAGGGGAGACACCAGCCUGUCCUGCUACUCUUCCCUGGAUCCCCACUGCUGGUGCCCGAGGGGCCCCAGUUCUCAGAGCCUCCUCUUUUGGCCUCCAUCACCAGAAUCCCGACACCGUUCCCUCCGCCCCCAGGAAGCCCGGCUGGGCUGAUGCUGUUGACCUCGCUCAGGAGUCCCUCUGCUUUCCUGGACACAAAUGGGAGCAGCUGGGCCUGACCCCUUCCCCAUUCUCUCUCAUAUGCUUUUCACUAGCAAAGAUUCAAAGUCUCUUUGAGGCUUGCUCCUGUGAGCAGAGAAGGGGGUGGGGGUGGGGAGGAGCCCCUUUCCUGAGUUCUUUUGGGGGAGGCCAGGGGUUCUGGAGGUAGACAUCGCACCUUUCACCAGCGCUUAAAUCUCAGCCUUGACACCUCAGUGAUGGAGCGUGGUGAGCUGAGUGAGGAUUUUCUUCUGAGAUGGGAGGUUCUGGGUGGGGCUGGGCAUUUGUGAGGCUGCAGUCUGUUGAGGGGCAACGGCUUUGAACCAAAGCAUAGAGCGGAAGCCUCGUCAUUGAAGUGUUGGUUCUUGGCUGGUGGCAGGACCCUUCUCCUGCCUCGUCUCAUGGGCAGGGCUAGAGCCUUGGAGGGGAGGCCCCGUGAGAAACUGCCUCCCUUCUGGGGUGGCGCUGCCUCUCCCCUCCUCACUGCGUCCCUGACCACUCUGGGAAAACAGACUGUUCUUGCCUGCAGGCUCUGGUUCCCUCUUUUAUCUUUCUCCCUCCACCCUGUGGCUGGUGGCUGGUGGGGCUGAGCCCAUGGGGAGGGCAGGGCCCUGAGAGGCCUCCCGGAGGGGAGAACAAAACCCAAGGUGAUGGAUUGCAGCCUGGAGAGCCGAGGCAAGAGGGAAUUGGCCAAGGAGAUGGCGGGAGCUUGCUCUCCCUCUGCCAGGGGCUUGGCCGGCAGCUCCUGGGGUCUCAGGGGCCCAGGGCAGGUGGGGGCCAGCCUUCUUCCCACUCUCCUAGCGGCCUCACCUACCCUCUGGGCAUGUGGCCAGCACUUUUAAAGGGAUCAGGGGGGUGGAGCUGUCUGGGGGGCCAGGGUGGGCUUCUAGGCCCCUCCUCCCCGAGACCCGGUUCCCAUUGCCUGAGAUGGAGCCCGGGCCCUAAGCAGGGAAGUCAGUAAAGCCUCCAUUCUGUCAUUUAUUAUCUGAGCACUGAAGGCCAGAGCCAGAGCCACCUUGCCUUAAAGUGUGCACCAUGUCCUCACCUCAGGCCAGCCCAGGGAGGGGGCAGAGCAGGACAAUGAAAUCGUCCUAGAGAGAGGAGGUGACCUGCCCAGGGUCACACGGUGAGACUCAGCCCAAAUGUCCCAACCCUUGAGUCCAGAGCCCUUCGCACCCGUCCCCUGUGCUGUGUGUGAGGUGUGUAGAGCCCAGGGAGGAGCCCGGUGAGACCCCCACACCCUGGGCAGGGUCCACGCACGUGGCUGGCAGAGAGAUUGGGGCGCUGAGGAGACAGCUCUUCCCUCUCGCUAGCUCCCACUGUGGUGUGGCCGCUAUUCUGGGCCCCUCUGAGUCCACGGAGGCGGGACCUUCUUUCUGAGGUGUCGUCCCCCCCGCCCUGGUGCAGGGCCGGGAGGCUUCUUCAGGGGCUGUCCUCCCCUUAGUCUUUCUUGGGAACCUGGAGAUCCCCCCCCGAGGAAUUCCUGUAGGUGAAUACGCCCCUUCAGGCUGGGUCUUCUCUGUCUCCCCUUACCUGAGUAGGUGUGGCAGGUGUGCCCCCCGCUCUGUGGGGGAUGGAGAUGUCCCUUAAAGCCACGGUCACAAGCCACUUACUAGUUCCUAAUGAGGGUCAGACACAGUGGGGAGAGCCGAGAGGGUGGAGAAGGUCCGGGGAAGGUUUCCCCCAAAAAGGAUGCUGCCUUUAAGCCUUCACUGUAAUAUGGACAAGUUGACCCAGAAAAUAAAUUGCUGUGUGUUAGGGAGA